AUGGCUUUCCAGUCAGAAGUACAGUGAUGUCUGAAAAAGAAUAAAUAAGAAGUGCUAAAUCUUUACGUGGGUCUACCAAAUUUCAUUAUUAUUCCACCAGGCCAGGGAUUGCUUCCUCGGGAGUUAUUGCAUUUUUUCUGUGCAUUCAAGUCCAAGAUUGCCCUCCUCAUCGUCUACUUCAGAAAUCAAAAGCUCUCCUCUCUGCUAUACAUUAUUGUACCUUCAAAACCUUGCAAGCCUUUCUCUUUGACUAUACAAAGAUAGCCACAAAAGUGUCACAAAUGUACAAAGUAUCAAGCAAGGAAUUUCACCAAACCACGGUUGCACCAUCCCUAGACAGAAUUCCCAGUCUCUCGCUGUUGAUUUAUACCCUCCACUUCGCCAACCCCAAGCAUACCUACACAGUCACAAUAAUGGGUUCUUCACUGACAGAGGCGUGGAACACCACCGGCAUUCAUGUCCACCACAAAGCGAUCACGCACAUGACCUUUUACUGGGGUCACAAAACCGAAAUUCUUUUCAAGGGUUGGCCUGGUUCGAGCUCUGGCAUGUACGCUUUGGCUUUGAUCUUCGUCUUCACUCUUGCAGUGAUCGUGGAGUGGUUCAACUUUUGCAGCAUCAUCAAGCCCGGGACGAAUAAGGUCGCCGCGGGUUUCUUUCGGACUGGCAUGUACAUGGUGCGUGCUGGACUGUCUUACUUGGUGAUGCUUGCUGUCAUGUCCUUUAACGGCGGCGUUUUUCUUGCUGCCGUCGGUGGUCACGCCGUUGGGUUCGUGCUUUUCGGAAGUCGGAUUGCUAAGAAUUCCGAGAAGAAGCCGGAUCUUCCUCCUAUUAAUUUGAAAUGCUGAAUUUUGGUGGGGGCGUGUUUUGAGUGGUAAAUGAUUUGAGUUUUUAUUUUUAAAAUUAUAUAUGUAGGGAGAGUGGAGAGCUAGACUUGGAUUUGCACAUCAACAUCUAUGCGCUGCGAGUACACCGCUGCUAAAUGAUUGAGUUUUUACUAAAUAAUUAUCUUUGAAUUUC